AUGGCAGCCCCUUUACCAGACUUCACAGACAUAGCCCUCUUCCCCACCUUCCUCACAGUCCCAGAGCAAGACCCGGCAGCACCGCCGUCGGUGGCAGCGCUCCCGCCGGGAAAGGGACCAUGGUACCUCGUCGCCCAGAUCAAGGACAAUAUGACCAUCAACAAGCCAACCCUCGUCCUCACCGACCGGGGCGCCAACCCCUUCGCCCUCGUCUGGGAGGGGCUCGGCCGGGAUGACCUCGACUUAAAGGGGCUGGGCUUCAAGAAGGGCUGCACCGCCGUCAUCCCCUACGCCUGGCGGACCAAGCCCGCCGACGAGGGGAAGCGGGGCUUCGUGAGGGUGGAGAAGAGCGAUGCGCGAUCCGUGAGGUCUGUCCCCGGACCCCUGGAGAGGGUGCUUGCGCUGGGCGGGAAGGCGAAGGGCGCGAAGUGUGAGACGAAUGUCAACUAA